AUGUGGGCCCUCUAUGACGUCAUGGGGUUUUUGAAUAUGAAAGCGGGGAUCGUAGAACUUUUGCUCAGGUGCGAAACUUCAGUCAAAAUGAUAAUCCAUUCUUUAGUGGUUUUCCUCCUUCCUUGUUUCUUAAAUUCAUUUUUGUUAGAAAUUGAAGUAAAAGCAGAUGAUGACACCCAGCCUGAAUUUUUUUCAUCAAAAGGAUUGCAACUUUUGACCGAACUGAAUCCUACACGGACAGAAGAUGGAUUGGAAAUAGUAGAAGGAGACAUUGUAUUGCCACCAGGCAGUCGGAGAAAGCAGGACAAACAUCAAGAAACCAAAGGAAUAAUAAAUAUAUUAACCCUAUGGACGAAAGGGAAAGUUCCGUACAAUUUCCACAGUUCCGUUGACGAAGAUCUGAAGGAAAUGAUUGUUGGUGCUAUGAAAGAAUGGGAAACUCACACGUGUUUAACAUUUCAUGAAAAAGCCCUGGAUUUCAACUAUCUUCGUUUCAGAGCAGACAAGGAAGGAUGCUGGUCAAUGAUAGGUAGGAUAAAUUCUAUUUUUGCGGGUCAAGAUGUUUCCAUUGGACCUCGAUGCAACAGAACGAACAUCAUAGUGCACGAGAUCGGCCAUGCCAUAGGGCUGUACCAUGAACAAUCCCGCAACGAUCGAGAUCGCUACAUUCAUAUCAAUUGGCACAACAUGCCGGUGGCACGAUAUUCGCAAUUUGACAGAGGCAUUGAAAGCCCUAGAGGAGUAGAAUACGAUUAUACCUCUAUCAUGCAUUACGGUCCUAUGGCCUUUACCGAAAAAUAUUUUCAAAAGAAUACCAUUGCUGCGCUUAAUCCUUUUCAUCAAACUCUUAUUGGAUCAGGAAUGAAAAUAAGUUUCCGUGACUCUAAACUGGUGAAUAAAAUGUAUUCUUGCAAUGCCUUUUGCCCUAAUAAUGCCAGCCAGUGCCAAAAUGGUGGUUUUCUGUCGCCUUAUAGGGGAGAUGAUCAACCAUGUCAUUGUGUCUGUCCACCAGGUGUUUCUGGCGAAUUUUGUGAAAAUAUAAAUGAACCUUAUGAAUAUUACGAGUUUCCACCCUGUGGAGGAAACAUUACGACAGAUACUGAAAUUCAAACUCCAGGUUAUCCGACAAGGAAACCGCCUGCUGAUAAUUGUGCCUGGUGGAUACAGGCUGAAGAAGGAAAAAGAAUCAAAGUGGAUUUCAUGGAUUUCAGUUUCCAUCCCCGCCUAGAUAAAAACGACAGCUUGUUUUACAGACGAUGCUACCAUGAAAGGGUUGAAAUCAGAACCCGAAACAGAUACGAUGGUGAUAUGUUUUGUGGAGAAGACAUUCCUCCUGGAACGGUGGCUACAUCUGCGGGAAGAGAAUUUAUCAUUAUUAUUGAUACGAAUGAGCAGGUUAUGGAAGGACGGGGACUUAAAGCCAAAGUAUCAUUUAUAGAUGAAAAAGCGGAUCAGUUCUCUGAUAUCGUUCUUACUUCUCUCUUACCCACGCUAUGA